UGUCUCUCUCUCUCUAUCAUUCUGAGUUAAUUUUGCACAUACACUGAAAUAAGGAUUUCAUCAUCCACUUACUCCGUGAUAUGGCUGAGUACGAUGGCUUUUCAACACUAUGCACUAUAUAUAAAAAGAGGUAUAUAUAAAUAUGAGCUGAAUUCAUCCUAUUAUAUGUAUUGUAUAACCAAAUCACUUCAUCUCCUGUUACCGUGAUCAUAUCAUAAUAGAUUUAUUCUGUUGUACAAGUGAAUAAUAACAUUUCGUGAAAUAAUUAAUAAUUGGUGUAAACAUUAAAUUUAAAUUUAAAAGCAUAGUUUGUUGAACUUUAAACAAUAUUAUUAUAACCUUGAACGAAAAAUCAUCAAAUAUGUAUGAUCAAACUGAAGUGGAGUAUCUUGUCAAUCUAAUAAUCAGUACACAGAAAUCUGCAAAAUCUGCUUUAUCCUAUAAAGAUUAUCGUAGUUCAUCGUACGAUUCACGUUUCCCUGCAUCCACAGUGCCAUCACUGACACAACUGGAGGCAACACCAGAAUCCUCCUCCUCAUCCCUAAGUUCUCCUCGUCAAAAAAUCCUUAUAUGCGGUUCACCAGAUGAUAUAUCACCGUGUUUAGACUAUGCCAUGACAGCUAAACCUGGAGAAAUUGAUUUUUCCUCUUUGAUUAUAGCAAGCAGUGAUAUUGAUGAACUGAUUGCUAAUUAUUUUGGAAAAAUUAAAAUCCAUCUUGUCAAUUGGGAUGAAACAGACUAUGAAGAAAUGUUAAUUGAACGUAUUCGACCACGAUCAGAUGAUUUUAUAAUCCCAUUAGUUAUUGAAUUUCAACCGACAAUUAGAAGAAUGAAACGAAUUAGAGAAUUAUUAGAAAUGGAUGGUACAUUAGUAAUACCAAGUGAAAAUCCUACAUGGCGAAUAAAGCAUACAAAUUUAAUGAAUAGUUUUACAGAAAAUAAUGGCACGUUGAUUAAAUUAGCUGAGAAUGUUUUUGAUGCUGGUUUUACACGUCAAAUUGAUUAUCUAUUAGGCAGAAGACAUAUGCAUUCUCGAAUAUAUUUUGGUUAUGAAAAACCAAUUGAAUCACCACAGAAAUUUAUUGAUUGAGAGAAAGAAAGAAAAUAUUGCCAACAGCACAAACACACAUAUACAUACAUAUUGAAUAUUGACAAUAUACAGCUCCCGAUGAACACAUAUCUACUAUUCGUUUAUAUAUAUAUAUUGCCUUCAAUAUCUACACUGUCAUUUGUACAUUCAUAAGUCUGUGUCUUCAUUGAACUACAGACAAUAUUCUAUUCUAUCUUACAAAAUAAGAAGAAAGACUAUUAACCACUGGCAGGGAAAACAAUAGUAUCACUAUUAUCAUUAUUAUUAAUUACAAUACUUAUAAAGAGUGAAUUUGUAAUAUAAACUUGUGUAUAUACCCUCUUUUUCUUUCAACUGCACUUAAAUUACUUUUGUAAAUCACUUAUUACUUAAAAACUAAUCAGUAGUAUACUCUUGUGUAAUUUAAUAAUUUAUUUACAUAUUAUUAUUUAUACAAAAUUGAAAGGAGAAAGUUGCCGAGAAUAAGCAAAAAAAGAAAACAAAUGUCUUUCUUUUAAAUUGUGUUUUUUGUUCGAAAAUCAUUCAAUUCAUUGGAGAUAUCUUCAUCACCGUCAUCUUCAUCUUCAGUAUUGUCAUCGGCAUUGUUGUCUUCCUUAGUAGUAGUAUAAUAGUCUUCUUUUUUUAUUACAUUAACAAUAUGGUUUUCUAAUUUAUUUUUCAAUUGAUUUAUAUUUCUAUCGGAGAGUUUUUCCUUUAAUCGCAUUUCAUAUAAAUCUUUUGCCUGUUCCAAUUGUUUAAUUUUCUCCCAUUUAACUCUAACAAUAAAAAGUUGAAGGAGGUGAUCAUGGAGGAGAAUAAGAAAAAAAGUUUUAUAUUUUGUUAAAAUUUUUAAACAUUUGAAUUCUCAGUUUCCUUUUUCUUUUCUGUUGAAUAAGAAACCAAGCAAAAUUUUUUACUUUUAUUACUAUUAUUACUGUUGUUACUAUAAAUUUUUUUUUCAAUACUUUUUGUAACUAGCUAUUUGUUUAUUUAUAUAAUACUAUAACCAUUCCAUACAAUGGAGCUUUAACUGUUUAUUCAUUAUAAAGAGUUAAAUAAUUAACUAGUUGUGUGUUGGUACUUUCAAUGUGGUUGGGGGACGGGGGGCUACUGUGAGCUUGAUGGUGGCUUUAAUUGCAAAGCUUAUGUCAUUA